AUGGACAACUGGCCUAUAUAUAUCCGUAUUAAUGGAGCGGAGCUGUCGAACACAACACAGCCCGAGAAAAUAUUAUUUUAUAUAUAUUGCACUUUAUAUCCGUGUGUUUUUCUUUUCGGGCGUGUAAAAGUGAAAAUUCGAGUGGGCGGCGACGAACCGGCGACGACGAUGCGCGCGAUUUUCUCGCGUGGGGCUGGCGGAACGUUCAAGAUGGCACUGCCGGGCGAUCCGCGCCGAUCGACUUGA